GUGACAUAGCUGUACAUCAUCUCCCCUCCUCCUCCCCCCUCUUCCCCGCUUGCUCAGUUACCUACAAGCAUCUGCAGGUACUGGUCCCGGAGCAGAGUGAUCGAGUCCUGGUCCGCGAUCUGAUCCGGGGGGGAAAUAAUGUGGCUGAUCCUGUUGGCCAGUUUACUUCACUGCGCUUCGGCCUACGAUGUGGAUAUGAAGAAACUGGAGGGGCUGGCAAAAGCGAGGGUGGAGACGUGUGGUGGAUGACAGCUGAACAGGCUCAGAGAGGUCAAAGCCUUUGUGGUCCAGGAUAUUCCUCUUUACCACAACCUGGUGAUGAAGCACAUUCCUGGGGCCGACCCUGAGCUUGUCCUCCUGAACCACUAUUUUGAAGAGCUGGAUCGGAUUGCCUUGUCUGAUAUGACCCGCUCUGAGAUUAAUGAGCUGCUGGAGAAACUGGGUUUCUACAAGAAGGCUCAACCUGAGGACGAGGUACCGGAAGAGUUUCGCUUCUCUCCGGCCAAAGACAGCCCGUUUAAAGACGACCCGGCUCACAAACCUUCCACUUCUUCUCUUGCCACAGAGAACACCUCCUCAGAGCCCAACGCAGAAGUCAAGCACACUGACCUAUAACCUGUCCAAGUGCAGAAAAGUAGGAAUAUAACAGUACCACUCUUCCCCAUAGCUGCUCCACGACCAGCUGGUUUUUGCAGUUGAUGACAGAAAUGUUUGUCACUUCAGAAUAAGACCAGCAGAUCGUGGAUCAGUCCUUGGGGAAAGACAAAAUCUUAGCAUCAGCAAAAGACCUUUUAAAAGGUCCAGUCUGAAUUUGCACAUGUUCUGGUUUUUUUUUGUUUUUUUUUAGCAGUCAUAAAAAACCCAACAGGCCGCUUUGUGAUUGCUUUUCUACCCUCCACACAAAGACUGGCAGUGUGUUUGUUAUAUUUUGUCUUUUGGUUCAUCAUGUGUCAGCUGUCUUCAGCACCUUCGCCUCUCUUGAGUUCUCUUGUGUGUCUUAUUACUUCCUACCUACUGUGAAACAGAAUGAAGCCCCAGGCUGAAAAUCGUGCGACUGGCCUGAGGUUGAUGCUACGUGCUCUGGUGGGCUGGACUGAUACACACAGGAGGAUUCAAGUGGAAGUGCAGUAAAAGAAGAAAAUAAAAUAU